GGCCACACAUUACUCCACCCGGGACCCCGCACCAACGGCUUGCCCACCGCGCCCCAUCCCCUUCAUUACCCCCCUCCAACAACCAUCGGUCCCAUUUCCUAAACAGCAGCUCGCACAGGCCCGCCCUAGCAUUCGGGGCUCCUCAGGUUACGGCAUCCAUCGCCGGGCCCCGAGUGGGGCCGUGGGCUCGUCGACGCCUCAGUGUGCUUUCUUGCCUGUCUCUUGGCGAUGAACCGACCCCAUUCCUCACUUUGAGUCGAGCGCGAGCGCGCAUCAAUUAGCACCCUCCAACGACCACUAUCGACUGACGAGCUCUCCCCACAACACCUGUCGGUCCCCAGUUGGCCGGGCUCUGACCAUGGGAAAUCAGCAACCGUAUCCCGAUCUCGAAGACCUUUGGUACGAUGCCGACUCAACAGCCUUGCGUUGUUGCGAGUGUGGGGAAGCAUUUGGAACAAACACAGACGCCCUCGUUCGCACGUUUCGCGUGUUCGAUGAAAUGAACCAGUGCUUGGGCGCCAGCAGGGUGAUUUCAACGCCCCCGGGCGUCCUGGUGCUAUACGACCGGCACCUGGAAUGUCUUUUGAAGGCAAAAGUGCCUUACAUCACAAUCUCGCACGUUUGGGACACCGAAGUGUCCGCCACACAGUACAAGGGCCGUCACUCUCCCCAGGACGAAGUUGUCCGGCACAAGGCGCUCAAUUUCCCCACCCACAUCGCUCGGAGUAUUUCGCAAAGCGUUCAAGAAAAUCGCGAACUGUGGCACGAUUACGUUAGUGUGCCUCAGUGGACACCGGAGCUUAAAACAAACAUUCUCGAAUCGAUCCAUAAGAUAUACAACUUUGCCAUUUUAACAGUGGUACAUUUGAAUGAUGUUGCGCCCGUUACAAUAAACGCUUUUACGCGUGGGGAAAGCGAUGAAAAACGACGUCAAGGCAUGCUUGGCAUUUGCCGCGCGAAAUGGUUUAGUCGCGUAUGGACUGCUAUGGAAUAUAUCCGUAGCCCAAAAGUGUGGCUAAUGGAUUCCGAAUUGCAGUUACAUACCGACGAAAACGCGAACAGUCUUUUCCGAAAUACAAUGAAUAGUUUUUGGGCUGGUCAAGUUAUCAAAGCGGGCUCUACGCACAAAUUCGAGGCCGAUAUCGACAUUAGCCACAAUAUUGUUCCGUGGAACCUAGGGCCUUUAGAUUGGUGCCGCAACCACCAAAAGCGCAAUUUCGGGCUUGCUUUUUCGCUACUGGCACGGCGCGGCUGCCAAAGCCGGGACGAUUUCCUAUACGCGCUGCACGGCAUUGUCACAGGAUCGACGGCCGAAGUUAAAGGAAUGCUGCAGUGCGUUAGUUGGGAGGAGCGGUACAUACGCAUUGCGUUAUAUUGCAUCGAAGCCGGCGAUUAUACACCGUUAUUGAUAACCCCUGAAUGGGCGCCUCAAGACGGUGAGCCUAACGUGCGGUGGAUGCCGGCCAACAACGUUCGCGAAGGCUACCAUGACAAUUACGCGUACUCCAUCGGUUCGAUAACGGCGCCGCCUCGUUACCACGCAGAAACGACAACCAGACAAGACGACAACGGAUUAGGCCGCGUAACGUUACGGUUACAACAGGCGGGCACGGUUUCGAAACGGGUGAAAUGGCACGAAUAUCCACGCGAGGACCUUAUGCGAGAUUCUGCGCGAAACUUGGCGUCGCCGAGCGUGGAAGGGUUUUUGGAUGCUUAUGGGUCGCGCCAGUUUUUCAUACCGCGGGAAACACUUUUACAGCGACUUUUUCAGCACCAGGACGGGUAUCAAAAGCUGGAGCGGACCGUGGAAGCUCUGUCGAGGACGGAAGCCGGGCAGCCCUGGCCUGGCGGCGAGGUGUACUCGUUCAGGGACGUGUUUGGAACGCUCGACAUCGAAAAACGCCUCGACUACCACAUCACGCUGGGCAACAUCCUGCACCUUACAUGGCGGCGCUACUGCAUUCUGGCAACGUGCCACAACUGCGGGACUAAAGCCGUGGUUAACGCGGCCCUGUACGGCAGGGUGGAGGACGCGCUCGGCGCAACGAUGCACCGCAUCCCGGGUUUGGGCUUCAGUCAGACUAUGGACGACGGCGUUUGCUUGCUGCUAAGCGCUGACGGCAGCGGCCGCAUUAUCGGCCGCGCCAUUUGGGCCACGCCCGCGUGCGCCUGCGCCGGGCUCGACGAGAUGGUCACGGUGCAGCUGCCGAGGCUGCCGCUGCCCCAGCCGCGUGAGGGGUUUCUUCGUGCGUUGGGACGCGUUUGAGCGGAGCCGGUUGUCCGCCACUGCUAAUAUCCUAUACGUUGGUUCAUCGGCCCUGUGCACGAGCACCCGGCUUGUGAAGUGGACCCGGCGGCGGAGCUCCGGAUCGGUGAUCCCGAGAGCUCCUGAACCGGGCAACCAAUGAUUACGGGAUCGGGCGUGUAACGUGCAUCGCCCUCACGCCUUUAUCUAAUGCCGGCCUUUGGCCGGCCCUCCUUGCCAGAUAGCUCCUUUCCCGUUCAUGGACAAUAUACCGGAACCACCCAGUGAUCUAGAGAUCUUUGUUCAUCACACAGUACGAGCGCAAUUGCAGUCC